AUGGAAAGUCUGGACUGGACCGGAAUGGCUAAGACCUACUCAGUUGACGUUCAGACUCCAGAUUCUGCUUCGACUGCAAAUGCACUCUUUUCAGGUUUCAAAACAACCUGGUCCACCGCUGGUGUUACUGCAAAAGUGGAUUUCAGACAGAACUGUGAAUCAUUUCCAGAAGAAGAAAAAAGUUGGCAGAAUGAAAUCAACGAAGGAAAAAGUGAUGAAUCUGUAGCAGAGUCUAUUUUAGUCAAAGCCAAGAAGCAGGGGAAGAAGACAGCCUUAGUAACAUCAACGCGGUUAACACAUGCGACGCCGUCCGCUGUUUACGCUCAUUACUCUGACCGGUGGCACGAGAAAUCUGGUGAUGAUGAUUUCUGUCCUUCUAUCGCUCGUCAGCUCGUCUCUAACGCCCGAUUCUUUGACAUAAUUUUUGGUGGAGGAAUGAAAAACAUCGGCCCCGAGCUAGACAGACUUUCUUCGCCCCACAAGGUGAUUUCAACGAAAGAAGAACUGAUGACGCUGAACAAAACGGAAAGCUACCUCGGAAUUUUCGCAGAUGGCCACUUGCCUUACAAAACAGACCGAGACCCUGAAAGCGAUCCAUCUUUGGUUGAAAUGACAAUUGCUGCGUUAAAAAACUUUGAGAGUCAUGAAGACGGAUAUGUUAUGAUUGUUGAGGGCGGAAGGAUUGAUCAUGGACACCAUGCCAAUCAGGCUCACAAAGCGCUUGAAGAAUUUGUUGAAUUCGAUGACACAAUCGAAACUGUUUUGAAACAUGUAAACUUAGACGAGACUCUGGUAAUCGUGACCGCCGACCAUUCCCACUCUUUCACAAUUACAGGUUAUGGAGCUAGAAACUCAUCAGUGUUCGGCGACGCGACAAUUUCGAUGAAGUACUCGGAAAAAUACGACCCUCGGUAUCCAGGUUCUUUCACAAAGAUCCAAUACGCCCAAAGCAAGGCAAAGGAGGAAUUAAAGUACAAUCAACCGCAAGAAGUUACCCACGACAAAGACUACUUAUUUCCUGGAAGCGUUUCGAAAAGAGACGUUGAUCACGGAGCAGACGACGUGCCAGUUUACGCCAGCGGCCCGAUGAGCCAUCUACUCGUUGGAACUUAUGAACAGAGCUACAUUUUUACUGUAAUGAUGUUCUCCCUUUGCUUGGAAGAAUUCGAAUCAGCGCCGCACUGUCAAUAA